GAGAGGAGAUCAUGAUCGGUGAGAGAUGAAGGUGUGAAAGUGAUGGCAACUAUGAGAAGAGAAGAUUGAAGUGUCUUUGAGGUUGAGAGUAUGGUGAAUGGGCGAGGGAAGAAACGGAACGAAUGUUGCUAAUUGAAACUGGCUAGAAGGAGGGUAGGUAAAGGGUGGAAUAUGAGAUAACCCCAAGAAGGCAAAUCCUGAACACCAGAGAGAAACUACAAAGUCUACAACAAACCUGUGGCUGGAGCGAUGACUCUGCUUACUGGAACGCUCCUUCUGUCCUUUGUCCUUUCCUCGUACGGGGCAGGAGUACACGGUCACCAAGAUGUGAAUGAAUCGACGCCUAUCAGGUCUCGAUCGCUCGUUCGAGAUCGUUCGGGGAAGUUGGAAGUCGAUCCUGAAGGCAUCGCCUUCCUGCGCUCCCCGAGUGUCAUCAAUCAAACGCUCAAGACCAUAGGGAUCGUCGGGCAAGCGCGGACGGGCAAGAGUUUCUUCAUGAACUCGCUGGUAGGAAGGUCGAGGGUGUUCGAGGUCAGCAGUGGAGACGAGGGGUUCACUAAAGGCCUGUGGAUCCACCAGCUGCCCGAGGAGGAGGAGGAGAAAAAGGAGGAGGAAGAGCAGGGCGCUUGCGAGUCAAACAACAAGACAUGCGUGCCGAAGGGUACGAUGACGAUCUUGGUCGACUCGGAAGGUUUGGGAGCGCCAGGAGGGACGAAGGUCUACGAUACGAAGAUGGUUGCCUUGACUGCCAUGCUGUCGUCAGUCUUCUUCUACAACACGAUGCGCAAAGUGAACAAGCUGGACGUGGAAUUCUUG